UGAAUCCAACCAAUGAGGCACGAAAUUGCUAAGCUAGUCGCGAGUGGGUCGUACAGAGAAGCCCUCUGCUUACACGCGCAGCGCCACUCUGCUUCUCUGCGUCCUCACGAAUUCACGUUCCCGCCUCUUUUCAAAGCCUGCGGGAAGCUCCGAUCAGCUCUGCAGGCACAAGUUCUACAUACCCAUCUCGUCAAAACCGGGUUUUCGGCCGAUGUUUACUCCGCCACUGCUCUGACCGAUGCGUAUAUGAAACUUCGUUUUAUGGAAGACGCACUCAAGGUGUUUGAGGAAAUGCCUGAACGGAACUUGACUUCGUUGAACGCGGUGAUUACCGGGUUUUUGCGAAAUGGGUACUGUAGAGAGGCUCUGAGGUUGUUUAAGAACGUGGGGGUUGGAGGGUUCAAGCCCAAUUCAGUUACGAUAGCUAGUAUGAUAUCGGCAUGUGGGAGUGCAGAACAAGGCAUGGAAAUGCAUUGCUUGGCUGUGAAGCUGGGCGUUGACAGCGAUGUUUAUGUUGGGACGUCGUUUCUGACGAUGUAUUCGAACUGCGGAAAGUUGGUUUUGGCUGAGAAGGUGUUUGAGGAAAUGGCAAUAAAGAAUGUUGUGAGCUAUAAUGCUUUUGUUUCAGGGCUCUUGCAGAAUGGCGUUCCUCAUGUGGCGUUGGAUGUGUUUAAGCAAAUGAGAGCAUGUACAGGUGAAAAUCCCAAUUCAGUUACGUUGAUUUCGGUUGUUUCUACCUGUGCUAGUCUUUCGUAUCUCCAAUUUGGCAAGCAGGUUCACGCUUUGGUCGUUAAAAUUGAGAUGGGGCUUGAUGUUAUGAUUGGAACAGCACUUGUGGACAUGUAUUCCAAGUGUGGUUGUUGGCAGCUGGCUUAUGCUAUUUUCAAAGAACUAGAUGAAAAAAGGAACUUGUUUACAUGGAAUGCCAUGAUCGCCGGAAUGAUGUUGAAUGCGCAAACUGAGAAUGCCGUUGAGCUAUUUGAACAGCUAGAAAUUGAAGGAUUUGAACCCGAUUCAGUUACUUGGAAUUCAAUGAUCAGUGGGUUUUCACAACUAGGGAAGGGGAUUGAAGCUUUCAAAUAUUUUAAGAGAAUGCAAUCAGCUGGUGCAGUCCCCAGUUUAAAAUCUAUCACAAGUCUUCUACCAGCGUGUGCAGAUUUAUCUGCUCUGCAAUGUGGAAAAGAAGUUCAUGGGCACGCAGUUAGGACCUCUAUUAGCAAUGAUCUGUUCAUUUCAACUGCUCUUAUUGACAUGUACAUGAAAUGUGGGCAGUCUACUUGCGCAAGAAGAAUUUUUGAUGGGUUUCGAAUAAAACCCAAUGAUCCAGCAUUUUGGAAUGCAAUCAUAUCAGGGUAUGGAAGAAACGGUGGGAGUGAAUCUGCAUUCGGAAUCUUUGAGCAGAUGUUGGAAGAAAAAGUACUACCAAAUGCUGCAACUUUCACGAGUCUUCUAUCUAUGUGCAGUCACACUGGUUUGGUGGACAAGGGAUGGCAAGUUUUUAGGAUGAUGAACAAAGAUUUUGGUCUAAAACCAAAUCAAGAGCAUUUUGGUUGCAUGGUUGAUCUUCUGGGUCGAACUGGCAGGUUGGAUGAAGCCCGAGAACUAAUAGAAGAAUUACCAGAGCCUUCUGGAGCAGUUUUCGCUUCUUUGCUAGGUGCCUGUGAAUGCCAUUUGGAUUCAGAACUGGGGAAAGAAGUGGCUGUAAAACUUUCAGAAUUAGAGCCAGUGGACCCGGUACCUUUCGUGAUCCUUUCGAAGAUAUAUGCUGCACUUGGAAGGUGGGAGGAUGCAGAAAAGAUUAGAGGAUUGGUGAAUGAUAAAACACGAAGAAAGCUCCCUGGCUUUAGUUUAUUAAGACUGCAUGAAUAGUAGAUACACGAAACAAACAACCGUAAUUCAAUGUCUACAGUUUUUUAGUCCCAAGCCAAAAUUUUGAGACUAUCCCUGCAUCUCCAUAUAAGUUUCCUCAAACAGACAUCUCACUGAUUCAAUAUCUCCUUCACCGCAAACCCCAUGUAGUUAUCAAAGUGGUUUGGUGGUUCAUAAAUGAAGCUAGAGAUCACAUCUCUGAGUGUAAUGACACCAACAACCUCGCCUUCCUCCCCAGCUACUACAUGGAUCCUAUGAAUGGACUUGGAAGCAAAACUUUCAACAGAUUACCAAGAGUUGAUUCCAGUUUGCAUGUAAUCGGUCGCAUGACUUUUCCAAUUUCACUGGUCGUCGUGGUGGUGCUCAUGAAGUCCCUAACAGUGAGCUUCCUGAAAGAAAAUGUCACACAAAUUAAGCACCCCAUCAAGAAUGAUUUGCGUCUGUCAAGUGAUCAAAGCAAGCACCGGUUUUUUUCUUUGACAGAAAUCAGUGUAAGAAGAUUAGUUCAAAUUCACAACUGGAUGAGUUCAGUUUCAUAAGAAGGUAUUUUAGAUCCUUCCUACAAUCUGUGUGAAGUAAAUGGUGGGGUAUCCGAUGGUGAAUGUUCAACCCUGGAGUUGAGAAGAUUAAAGCACUCUACAGUCCAUCGUGAGGACCAAGAGCACAAUGUAAUUUCUACAGAGAUUGUGCGGGGUAAAAGGUUCAAAGUUUGAGUAGCAAGUAUCUAAUAUCUCUGAUGCUUACAUUACCGACUAUGUUUUUCUUGGGCCCCUCUACAACAGGAAGACCACCAAUUUUGUUAUCUCUUGUCCUCUUGAAAGCUUCAAGUAUUAGAUCAUUGCUCGUGAUGCUAAUAACCUGGCCAAGAAACAAAGGAACAAUGAUAUUGAGACUCCAAAAUCACUAGCCAUUAAAAAUAUUGUUUUGGUAACCAGGCAACCUUACCUCAUCAGAGGACAUGAAAGGAAGUCCAAAAUUGGAGAUAGGCUUUGCCGCAAUGCAGUCAAACCAGUCCCUUCCUCUGCAUCUCUCAAGACCCUGAACAAGUCCUGACUGAGUAAUGUAGUUCUUAAGGGUGGGUUGGCCUGGUUCUAUUACAGGUACAUUCCUCAGCCUAUAUUUUGAAAGUAGUAGCAUAACGGUCAACAUUGAACUAUCUGUUGCAACUGGAAUGAAAGGCGCCCAGCGGAAGGAUUUAAGUAUUGACCUCACCUGAAACAUACACGCACAUAUCACAUUCGAGUAAUUCAGUCAGAUAACUCAAAGGCAACCAAUACUACUACACAGGAUGUUCUUCGUAGAGAUUGCUUACUAUGGUUGACUUGAAAGGGUUCAUCUUUCAGUAUAACGUUGUAAAAGUCUUGGCCUAAUUCAUCAGCAGCUGUGGGAGCAUCUUUGGCUAUUCCUUUCUCUGCAGCCGCGCCACCAGCCAUUGCAGCUCCAACAGCAGCAGCAGUUAGCCCUGCAACUGCGCAGGACCGGUCACACCCAAUGCUAGAGCCCCAACGCCCCCCUCCCCCCCCCCGGGGCCCCGCACCGAUUCCAGCAGCGGUUGCUGAAGUAGCUGAUAUAGCAACUGCAGCUAGCUCUGCACUCUCCAACACCCAAAGAAUAGUGGCAGAGUAAUCUAUGAGUCCUAGGUACCUGUCUCUCCAAUCAGAACUUGCGCCUGCUUCUGGGGUUUUCACAGGAGCUGACAAAAUGUUGUUUUCGGACAGAAUCUUAACCGCGUCGCCGACGGACGUGUCUGCCGGAAUCUCAAUUACUGCAAAUCAAAAUGUACAGCCGGGAAAGAUGAAACCGGAAUUUUCGCAAAUGCAUUUGUUAAAACCCCCUGCUGGGCACGAGGUAAUUUCUUCCUGGAUUGGAUGGUUUCGAAGUAGGCAUCGUAGCUUGAAAGUUUGCAUCUUUCUUUCACCUCCUGUGCUUCUGCCAUAUUUACGCUGGAGACAGAAAUCGAAAUCUUAAUUCGAUGUCUUCACACGAAGUCUUAGAUUCAAAAUACGAGGAUUCUGAUAAUCUAGUUCGAAAUUAACCAGGAUUAAUUUGUUUUGUACAAGAUUUGUUUCCCAGUGGAUUUAGAAACUGCUGUUGGGCUCU